AGCUGUGCUAAGAUUGAGACAGCUGUGCGCACGCCGCAGCCUCUCCUCCAGACCCUCGCGGUAACAACACACCAUGCACCGGGAACAAGCUGGUGUAGACGCAUGACAUUGUCCACGCUUGCAAUUCUUGGAAGAUCACAGCUAGACCACGUUCAUUGUACAACAGAAAUCAGAAAUGGAAGCCAUUGGUGAUCAAUUGAAAGGCAACUCAAUUCUCAGUGAUGAGACGAAGAAACAGCUGGGGGAGUUUCUGCAGCCCCUGGUGCUGCCGCGGGAGGUGAUCGAGAGAAUCAUGGCUGGCAUGGAGGACCACAUCAAACUGGCCAACAGCCCUGACCGCAGUGUGCGCGACAAGUCGGACGUCCUCAUGGCCAACACUCAUGUCCGAUGCUUGCUGGACGGGAAGGAAAAUGGCACCUACUUAGGCCUAGAUCUAGGCGGGUCCAACUUCCGCGUGGUGAAAGUUAUAUUCACGAACGGUGAGGCAUCAACCACGACCAGCUACUACACUUUGACCGAUGAAGUCCGGAGUGGACCCUGUGACAGAGUAUUUGAAUUUAUCGCCAUCAGCAUCAAAGAUUUCCUGGAGAAGGAAGGUUUGGCAUCUUCAACAGACAAAAUUCCUUUAGGGUUCACCUUUUCCUUCCCCACGGAACAAUACGCCCUGAACAGGAGCAAGCUGCUGACCUGGACGAAGACCUUCAAGAACCCGGAUGGACCUGGGAGGGACCCGGUACAGAUGCUGGAGCAGGCCAUACAGAAGGAGACACCGGGGCUGCCAGUCGAUGUUGUUGCAGUCAUGAGUGACACCACCAGCACACUGAUGGCCGGAAACUAUCUGGACAAAAAGUGUCGUAUAGGACUAAUACUCGGUACAGGGUUUAACAUCGCGUUUGUGGAGCAUGUAAGGAACAUAGAGAAGUGGACAGGAGACAAUAAGGAACCCACACAUGUCCUGGUGAAUAUAGAAAAUGGUUCACUAGGCGACGGAGGAUCAUUGGACUUCUACCGGAGUGAGUUUGAGAAGGAGGUGGACAAGCACUCUAAUCAUCCCAACUCGUUCACAUUUGAGAAGUCAUUCUCUGGCCACUAUCUAGGAGAGCUUGUGAGGCUGGUACUCGUCAAGUUGAUUGAUCAGAAACUAUUGUUAGGGGGCGCUACCUCAACACAGAUAUUGGAGCGAUGGAAUUUUACAACUACAGAUGUCACAAAGAUCGUUUGUGAUAAGGAAGGUGUCGGGAAGAACACCAGGGAUGUUCUGGGCAGGAUGGAGCUGAAUGACAAGGCCAGUGAUGAGGAUGUAGAGAUGAUACGACAGGUUGCUCUCUUCAUGUCCAAGAGAGGGGCUUACAUCGUCGCAUCAGCUCUAGCCGUGUGUGUACGUCACGUGAAUCUCCCAGAGGUGACGGUCGCCAUCGAUGGGUCCGUCUAUGAACAUCACCCAACAUUCCAUCCUGACAUGACAGACCUGCUGGAGAAACUAGCCCCGCAGAGCAAGGUCAAACUUAUCCUGGCCAAAGAUGGCAGCGGACAGGGAGCAGCGUUUGUAGCAGUGUCGGCUCUCCGACAGCGGGAUCUCAAUCUUCUCAGUGCCUAAACAUCUGUGUAUACAUACACCAGUGUUCGAAAUACCUGCCUGCCCGACCGUCCGAGACGGGUUGAUUUCAACUCGGGCUGCCAGAUUUUCAAAUCCCCCUGCCCGACGGUCAGGUUAUAUUUCAUAUGUGAAAAUAUUCUAA